AUGACGAGCAGCGAAGUAGUGACGAUGCGGAGGCUGCGCUUGGAGCAGCUCCAGCGACUGUGUGACGACGGCAAGCGCGCAGAGCUGCAGUCCACUAUCGCGACGUACUCGACGAAAGAAUUGCGGACAUUAUGUGGCGGAUUUGGAGUCCCAGCGCAGAGUAAAGAGUACGCAGCGUACCAGUCCAAAGCAGGAUACUCGGAGUUGCUUAUCAAAUUACUGGAGGCCAAGACAGCGAACAGUACGGGGCUCACUGAAUUUGCAAUCCAUGCAACGCCAUCAGGACGCACGCGGAAGACCAAAAAUUGUACUCUUAGACUAAUUAACGUGAUCUUCUCUACGGCUAUGGGGCCUUUUCUGGCGGAUCUAAUGGACGACGUAUCGAGACGAAAGAGGACAGUGGACGGUGCCAGUCCGUUAUGGGAGAAAGUGAGGAUGGAGUUCAUUAGCGUUAAAGCUGAAUAUGCCAGGAUACGCUAUCCUGAUGAUCACGUAUUCGCAGAUUUUAACCUGGCGUCACCAGUUCCUCACUCGAGCGAGAAGCUGCAGAAGAUGUGGGAGAAAUUGGUGCUUGCGUAUGCCAGUGUGUGCUCACAAUUUAGUGUGGAGGGCAAUAUUGCGGCCGAUUUGUCUGUUUGUGCGGGGCGAAUCGAUGUGUAUUAUUUGAGACGCGUGCUGAAUGACAAGCCUGAGCUGCUCUCGAUUGUGUAUAAACCACCCAAAGAAUCGGACGUCGUCAUGACCCCGCAGAGCAAUAGCCACCAGAAUGUGCAAAACCUUUUGCAAAUUGUGCAACAGAAUGCACAGCACAGUCUUCAGUCGAGUCUAGAGCCCGUGGAGCUAAGUACACAAAUAUCGAGCAAGGAUGAUGAGGGUGAAUGCUUAAUGAAGUCUAUCAAGUUGGCGUAUGAUGUGCUGGCGGUGAUGCCUGCAGCUGACCGUGGCUCAGAGAUCGAACACACUGUUCGACGCAGACUAAACCGGUGUGCCAAGCGGCUGAAAACGCUAGAAGACGAACUGGAUAAACGCUGA